GACGCGGCGGGUCCGGGCCCGGCGCAGCGGGGGCGGAGGCGCGAGCGGAGCAUGAAUGGGGCAAGAUGGCGGAUCAUGUGCAGAGCCUGGCCCAGCUAGAGAACCUGUGCAAGCAGCUGUAUGAGACCACGGACACGGCGACGCGGCUGCAGGCGGAGAAAGCCCUGGUGGAGUUCACCAACAGCCCCGACUGCCUGAGCAAGUGCCAGCUGCUCCUCGAGAGAGGAAGUUCCUCCUACUCCCAGUUACUGGCAGCCACCUGCCUUACCAAACUGGUGUCACGCACAAACAACCCCCUGCCGCUGGAGCAGCGAAUAGAUAUCCGGAAUUAUGUGCUCAACUACCUGGCCACGAGGCCGAAGCUGGCGACGUUCGUGACGCAGGCGCUGAUCCAGCUCUAUGCCCGGAUCACCAAGCUGGGCUGGUUCGACUGCCAGAAGGACGAGUACGUCUUCAGGAACGUCAUCACCGACGUCACCCGCUUCCUCCAGGCGGAUACAACCCACCCACUGACCAAGCACAGGAAAAUUGCCUCUUCCUUCCGGGAUUCCUCUUUAUUUGAUAUUUUCAACCUGUCCUGCAGUUUACUGAAACAGGCUUCUGGGAAGAACCUGAACCUGAACGAUGAAAGCCAGCACGGGCUGCUCAUGCAGCUCCUCAAGCUCACCCACAACUGCCUGAACUUCGAUUUCAUCGGCACCUCCACGGACGAGUCCUCGGAUGAUCUUUGCACUGUGCAGAUCCCAACCAGUUGGAGAUCAGCAUUCUUGGAUUCUUCGACCCUUCAGUUGUUUUUUGAUCUUUAUCAUUCCAUCCCUCCUUCGUUCUCUCCUCUGGUUUUGUCCUGCUUGGUGCAGAUCGCCUCCGUUCGCAGAUCCCUCUUCAACAACGCCGAGCGGGCAAAGUUCUUGUCUCAUCUCGUUGAUGGAGUCAAACGGAUACUGGAAAACCCCCAGAGCUUGUCAGACCCCAAUAACUACCACGAGUUCUGCCGAUUGCUGGCGCGGUUGAAAAGCAAUUACCAGCUGGGCGAGCUGGUGAAGGUGGAGAACUACCCCGAGGUCAUCCGGCUCAUUGCCAACUUCACAGUGACCAGCCUGCAGCACUGGGAGUUUGCUCCCAACAGUGUUCACUACCUGCUGAGCCUGUGGCAGCGCCUGGCAGCGUCCGUGCCCUACGUGAAGGCCACCGAGCCCCACAUGCUGGAGACCUACACCCCCGAGGUCACCAAAGCCUACAUCACAUCCCGCCUGGAAUCCGUGCACAUCAUCCUCAGGGACGGGCUGGAGGAUCCCCUGGACGACACGGGGCUGGUGCAGCAGCAGCUGGACCAACUCUCCACCAUCGGGCGCUGCGAGUACGAGAAGACGUGUGCUCUGCUCGUGCAGCUCUUCGACCAGUCAGCCCAGUCCUACCAGGAGCUGCUCCAGAGUGCCACUGCCAGCCCCAUGGACGUGGCUGUGCAGGAAGGGCGCCUGACGUGGCUCGUCUACAUCAUCGGGGCGGUCAUUGGCGGGCGGGUGUCGUUCGCCAGCACGGACGAGCAGGAUGCCAUGGAUGGAGAGUUGGUCUGUCGGGUGCUGCAGCUGAUGAACCUGACGGAUUCCCGCCUGGCCCAGGCUGGGAAUGAGAAGCUGGAGUUGGCCAUGCUGAGCUUCUUCGAGCAGUUCCGGAAGAUCUAUAUCGGAGAUCAGGUGCAGAAGUCUUCCAAGCUGUACCGGCGGCUCUCCGAGGUGCUGGGGCUCAACGACGAGACCAUGGUGCUGAGCGUCUUCAUCGGGAAAAUCAUCACCAACCUGAAGUACUGGGGUCGGUGUGAGCCCAUCACCUCCAAGACGCUGCAGCUGCUCAACGACCUCUCCAUUGGGUACAGCAGCGUGAGGAAGCUGGUGAAGCUGAGCGCUGUGCAGUUCAUGCUGAACAAUCACACGAGUGAGCACUUUUCCUUCCUGGGCAUUAACAAUCAGUCCAACCUGACGGACAUGAGGUGUCGGACGACGUUCUACACUGCACUGGGGCGUCUGCUCAUGGUGGAUUUAGGGGAAGAUGAGGAUCAGUACGAGCAGUUCAUGCUUCCCCUCACUGCUGCCUUUGAGACCGUGGCCCAGAUGUUCAGCACAAACACCUUCAAUGAACAAGAGGCAAAAAGAACUUUGGUGGGUUUGGUGAGAGAUUUGAGGGGAAUUGCCUUUGCCUUCAACGCCAAGACCAGCUUCAUGAUGCUCUUUGAGUGGAUUUACCCCUCCUACAUGCCAAUCCUGCAGAGAGCCAUCGAGCUCUGGUACCACGACCCAGCCUGCACCACCCCUGUCCUCAAACUCAUGGCUGAGCUGGUCCAUAACAGAUCCCAACGGCUGCAGUUUGACGUGUCCUCUCCCAAUGGAAUCCUGCUCUUCCGAGAGACCAGUAAAAUGAUCACGACCUACGGGAAUCGCAUCCUGACGCUGGGGGAGGUCCCCAAGGAUCAGGUCUACGCCCUGAAGCUCAAGGGCAUCUCCAUCUGCUUCUCCAUGCUGAAGGCAGCGCUGAGCGGCAGCUACGUCAACUUCGGGGUGUUCCGGCUCUACGGGGACGAUGCCCUGGACAACGCCCUGCAAACCUUCAUCAAACUGCUGCUCUCCAUCCCCCACAGCGACCUCCUGGAUUAUCCCAAGCUCAGCCAGUCCUACUAUUCCUUGCUGGAAGUUCUUACCCAGGACCACAUGAACUUUAUAGCCAGUCUGGAGCCUCAUGUAAUCAUGUAUAUUCUCUCUUCCAUUUCAGAAGGUCUCACUGCACUAG